CAGAGGGCAGGGAAAGAAGUUAGGAGCUGGCAUGAGAUCUGAUUGGGUGUUGGUGACCCUUGGCAGAGAGUCCCUCCUUUGCAGACUAUUUAUAAAAGAGUCAAAGAUCUCUGGAACUCCAGCAACACAGCAGUAAAGAGCGUACGGCUUUGGAGAACCUCCCUAGGAGCAAAGCCCUAUGUUCUGUAAUGGAGAUGUAACCAAUCUCUUUGCACUUAUUACAGUUUGUUGCAUUCUCGUCUUUUGAUUGUAUAAUAUUGAGACAAUGAACACCUUCAGCAACGAAGAGAUUGACUUCAGCUUCCUUGAGGAAGGCUUUACUGCCCGGGAUGUCCUGGAGCAGAAGAUCAAUGAAGUGUCCUUAUCUGAUGACAAGGAUGCCUUUUAUGUUGCCGAUCUUGGGGAUAUUGUGAAGAAGCAUGUUCGGUGGUUUAAAGCACUGCCACGAGUGACUCCAUUUUAUGCUGUUAAAUGCAAUGAUAGCAAGGCUGUUGUGAAGACUCUGUCCAUUUUGGGGGCCGGGUUUGACUGUGCCAGCAAGAAUGAAAUCCAACUUGUCCAGAGUAUUGGUGUUCCUCCAGAAAAAAUCAUCUACGCCAACCCAUGCAAGCAAGUUUCUCAGAUCAAGUAUGCUGCUAGCAGUGGUGUGGAGAAGAUGGCCUUUGAUAGUGAAGUGGAAUUGAUAAAGGUGGCAAGGAAUCACCCCAAUGCCAAGCUCGUUUUGCGGAUAGCCACAAACGACUCCAAAGCAGUGUGUCAACUAAGUGCAAAGUUUGGGGCCACUCUAGAAACAUGCAGGAUUCUUCUGGAACGUGCAAAGGAGCUCAACGUUGAUAUCAUUGGAGUAUGUUUCCAUGUUGGGAAAAGGUGCACAGAUCCUCAGACAUUUGUUUAUGCCAUUUCUGAUGCCCGAUAUGUUUUUGAUAUGGGAGCUGAGCUCGGAUUCAAUAUGCACUUACUUGACAUUGGUGGUGCCUUUCCUGGGACUGAAGAUAUGAAGCUCAAAUUUGAAGAGGUGACAUCUGUAAUAAACCCCGCUCUAGAUAAGUAUUUUCCCGUUGACUCCGGAGUGCAAAUUAUUGCAGAACCUGGAAGAUACUAUGUUGCUUCAGCCUUCACCCUCGCAGUCAAUAUCAUUGCAAAGAAGGUUGUAGUUGCUAAACAGACUGGAUCUGAUGGUGACUCUCUCUGUGACAACACUAUCAUGUAUUAUGUCAAUGAUGGUGUCUAUGGAUCUUUCAACUGCAUCUUGCACCAGCAUGCUCAUGUCAAGCCUGUUGUACAGAAGAAGCCAACAUUGGAUGAAAAAUACUACUCAAGCAGCAUUUGGGGACCAACAUGUGAUGUGGAGGAUCGUAUAGUUGAGCGGUUUGACCUACCAGAGCUGCAGGUUGGAGACUGGAUGCUGUUUGAGAACAUGGGAGCUUACACAGUAGCUGCAUCAUCAACAUUUAAUGGAUUCGAGAGACCAUCACUCUUCUACGUCAUGUCAAGGCCAUGCUGGCAACUGAUGCAGGAUAUGAAGAGAACAUAAAAACAUCCCAGAGUUUAGCGCUCUUCGCUCAUCUUUUGCUGGGAAAAUGCAAUACAGCUCAAUACGUCAGCCUGGACUUCAAGUGUGAAUGUAUAGAUUUUUCUCAUAAACUGUUGGUAUUAACAUUUUUCACAAUAGAAAAAAAGGUCCAACCAGUCAUAACCAUCUUUAUGAGGUGUAUUGACUAUCCAGUCCACAUGUGGAAAAUUGUUGUCUACAGGCAAUUGUUUCUUAUUUGACUUGGACAAUAGUUUUGUACAAACCAUUCAGGGCUCAAUCAAUUAUAUUA